AUGCACCGAGGCGGGCCGGGACCAGGCCUCAGAGGCCUGAAGGGGGCCGAGGGCCCCGCCGAGGACUUGGGGGGCUCUUGCCUGGAGGCCGGCAGGGAUUUUGGGGUGCUGAAGGAGAAUGGCGAGGCCGAGGAGGCGGCGAGCGGCAGGAAACGCGCCCGGCCGGUGCGUUCCAAGGCGCGGCGCAUGGCGGCCAACGUGCGGGAGCGCAAGCGCAUCCUGGACUACAACGAGGCCUUCAACGCGCUGCGCAGGGCGCUGCGGCACGACCUGGGCGGCAAGAGGCUCUCCAAGAUCGCCACGCUGCGCAGGGCCAUCCACCGCAUCGCGGCGCUCUCCCUAGUCCUGCGCGCCAGCCCCGCGCCCCGCUGGCACUGCGGGCACCUGGAGUGCCACGGCCAGGCCGCGCGUGCCGGGGGCGGCGGGGACGCGGGCUCCAGCCCGCCGCCGCCCGCCCCGCCGCCCGCUGGCCCCUUCCCGCCGCGCUGCGCCUCGUGUUCCCCGCACACGCACCCGGGACGGCCCAGGGCGGUGGCCGAGGCUCAGGGCGCGGCCCAGGCGUCCGCGGGAAGCUGGCGCCGCGGUCCUGGGGCUCCCUUGGCCUGGCCGCGGGGCUACCCGCGAGCGGGCCCUGGGUUGGGCUUCCAGCACUCCUGA